AUGAAACCGAUUGAAUUGUGUACAUUACGAGGGCAUCUAAAUGAUAUUACUUGUACAGAACCUUAUUAUAUUGGAGGAAAGGUAUCGUUAGUUUCGGCCGAUUCAAAUGGGUGGAUCAUUUGGUGGGACAUAAAUACUAGAAGGCCAAAUUGUGUGUGGAAAGGACAUGAUAGCAAUAUAGUUACAUUAAGACAAAUAUGCAAUGGGCUAUUAUUGACGCAUUCAAAGGACUCAGAUAUUAAGAUAUGGGAUGUUGAGAAUUUCAAAAGUGGAAGUAGAGAGAUGCCAGCUGAGAAAUAUAAUAACGUUCAAUAUUUCAGUAUAGAUAGAGAUGGUGAGGAAGAUAACAACGUCUCAAAAAAUGAGCUACUUGAGGCAUUCCCGUUGCCGGAGAAUGUUGUAAUCCCAGUAAAUGCAUUGAAUUAUUGUAACGUGGACUAUUCUAAUCACCAUUUAAUAACACCUGCUACGACUGAUUCUAAUAAUUUUGAUCUAUAUCUGAUAUUCAAGCCAUCACACCAGACGGACGAAUCGUUAGAAGCAAAGUUGAACUUGAAAAGAGUAGCUGCUAAUAUUGACCCUUGGAAACUUUAUAAAAAAACUAUAACUCAGUUAAAUAAAGAACAAGGAGUGGAGUUUGAAAUAGGUAAUGAAAAUGAUAUUUUGAAGAGAGAUAAAUUUGGGAUAAUGAUGAAAGUGUUAUUUGUGAGAGAUGAUCUAUUCUAUAUUGGCUAUGAAUCUGGACACUUGAUUGGAUACCAUAUUGAUUUUUCUGGUGCCAUUAACAACGAAAAUGAAGGGGCAAAAUCGGAUUCAGUGAAACCUGACAAAAAUGUAUCGGGCCUUGCGGGAUUAUUUGGAAAUAAAACAAAAUCCUUUGACAAGACAAUCAUAAAUAAAGACCCCCACAUAAAGAUGAUCUAUAUGAAUGAUUCAUGCUCCCCAUAUCCUAUAAUAUCAUUAGUGUAUGACAACAAAGAAAAUAAAAUUAUUUGUGGUUCAGCUGGUAAACAAUUAACUUUUCAUAAAAUUCCUGAAGAAUUUUCUCAAUUCAAUGAUAUUAGCGAUUGUAAACGUUAUAAUUUAAGACAUUCGGGAAUUCAGUCCGUUUCUAUUAAUAAUAGCUUACUUGUUGUUGGAUUUUGGGAUGGGCUUAUCAAAGGAUAUGAUCUUGAUUUGAAUGAAUUAUUCAAAUAUUGCAAACGACUUCCAAGAAUUGAUGUCUUAGAAUCCAAUAGCGGCCAGCAGCAGCCCCGCGAGAAACAAAAUAGCAUCAAGUUAUGUACAGUUAAGUUAGUAAUACCAAAUGAAACGGAUGUGGUCAAAUCAAACGAUUAUAAAUCUUUAAUCAAACAUAAGAGAGAUAUAACAACGACUAAUUUAUUAAUUUCGAGUUAUUACGACGGGACGAUUACUAUUUUUAAAGUCUAA